CUCUUCAAGCAAGCCAGUUCCCUCCACUCACUGAUUUCUGAUGGUCUUUACCGCCCUACCUCACUGGGUCGCAACAAGUGGAAGUCGCUGAUUGGUUCUGUAGCUUCCCUACAGCCUAACUGUAACCAGGAAGGAUUCAACACCAAAUGGAGCUACAGCAAUCCCGCAUACGCCCUCAGAGCAGCGAGAAUUGGUAUACUUGGAAAUAACGAAAAUGAUUGCGUAACUUGUGAUUCCAGAAUCGGGUUUGGUACUGGAGGAGGCCCCGAUGACGCCAACACGUGUGGAAACGAAGCAUCAGCCGCGAACGGGGCAGAUAACGGAGACAAGCACAUCAAAGCUAUGGGAUACAUUUUUGUUCAGUAA